UUCAGUCAUGCAUUGUUGCUUCAUCACCCCCACAAAUAGGAUCAAAAUCACAAUUUCUCAAUCUCCAACGGCGAAGAUCCGACGAGUUACCGAUGAUAUGGGUGGAAUCAAACCCUUCUCCACCGCCAUGCAUGCGCUUGUUCACGCCACCAACAACCUGCAUUGACCACCUUUCUUCCUAAAAUCAAAACCACCCAAAAAUCUCAGCUUCCUGCUGUCUUCAUUCACUCCCAUGGACAAUUACACCUCUAAUCCAGCUGUAGUCAUCGACAACGGCACCGGGUUCACGAAAUUAGGUUUUGCUGGGAAUGCAGAGCCGUGUUUCACAAUCCCGACUGUAGUAGCCCUAAGCGAUGCGAUCACCAAUCCGGCACGAAACACCACCGGCAAGGGGAAUUGGAUGGUGCAGCACAGUGCGGGAGUGAUGGCCGAUAUGGACUUUUAUAUUGGGGAAGAGGCAUUGUCUAAAGCUAGGGUUAGUGGCACUUAUAACCUGAUUAAUCCGAUUAGACAUGGCCAGGUUGAUAAUUGGGAUUCGAUGGAGAGGUUCUGGCAGCAGUGUAUAUUCGAUUACUUGCGUUGUGAUCCGGAGGAUCAUUACUUUUUGCUGACCGAGAGCCCCUUGACAGCACCGGAGAAUCGGGAGUAUACUGGCGAGAUCAUGUUUGAGACUUUUAACGUCCCCGGGCUCUUUAUUGGCGUGCAGCCCGUGCUUGCUUUGGCUGCUGGAUACACAGACACCAAGCGUGAGAUGACAGGAGUUGUUGUGGAUAUUGGGGAUGGGGCUACUCAUGUCGUGCCUGUUGCUGAUGGUUAUGUUAUUGGAGGUAGCAUUAGGUCGAUUCCAAUGACAGGGGACGAUGUAACUGUGUUUGUCCAACAGCUCAUGAAGGAAAGAGGAGAGAAUCUUCCACUUGAGGAUUCCUUUGACGUGGCCCGAAAAGUGAAGGAGAUGUAUUGCUAUACUUGUUCUGACGUCGUCAAGGAGUUCAAUAAGCAUGACAAAGAACCUGCUAAAUACGUCAAGCAGUGGAGCGGUACUAAGCCAAAAACAGGGGCACCAUAUUCUUGUGAUAUUGGCUAUGAACGGUUCCUUGGCCCGGAGGUCUUCUUCAAUCCUGAAAUUUAUAGUAGUGAAUUGACAACCCCUUUACCUGAUGUGAUAGACAAAUGUAUCCAGGCCUCCCCAAUAGAUACAAGAAGAGCCUUGUACAAGAAUAUUGUAUUAUCUGGAGGGUCAGUCAUGUUCAAAGGCUUCCAGAAAAGGUUGCAACGAGAUGUUAAAAAGAUUGUUGAUGUUCGAGUACUUGCAUCAGAUCAUCUGCAUGGUGGACGAGUACAGGCCCAACUCUUGGAAGUAAAUGUAGGUAGCCAUCCUAUCCAGAGAUAUGCAGUUUGGUUUGGCGGCUCAAUACUUGCAUCUAAACCUGAGUUUUACACGGCAUGCCACACAAAAGCUGAGUACGAGGAAUAUGGAGCGAGCAUAUGCCGAACCAACCCAUUAUUCAAAGGGAUUUAAAGACAAAACAAAGUGAUGACAAGCGAUGAAGGCUAGGCUACACUUCUCGAUCCGUUUGCUGGAUAUAUCGAUAUUUUUUCCGUAACAGUUUAAGUGAGUUAGGUGAAAUAUGGUUUUGUCUUCUGAGUCAUUAAAUUUAUUUUCAGGUAGGCUGUUGAUAGAAGAGUAAAAAUUCAGGUUAGAAAAUUAAUCUGUUUUUCAGAGUAGUGAUUACAUGUCACAUAUUCUUUUUGAUGCUGCUCAGAUGGAAAAAUUGUUCUUUGAACAUAAUGAUAAAUCAUAUACCAUUAGGUUUU